AUGGACCCGCAGGCGCUAAAGAGAAUUGGAGGAGCGGGUGCAGUGGCCUUGGCCGGCGUCGCCGGGGCAAUCGGGCUCUUCAACACCUCUUUGUAUAACGUGGAGGCAGGCCACAGGGCGAUUAUAUACAAUCGCCUGAGAGGCAUUAGCGACCGAGUGUACUUCGAGGGUACCCACUUCUGCAUUCCGUUUCUAGAGCGGCCCAUCAUCUACGAUGUUCGCACAAGGCCCAGAGUGCUCAUGAGCCUCUCGGGAUCGAGGGACCUUCAGAUGGUCAGCAUCACAUGCCGCGUGCUCUCUCGCCCGGAUGAGCGCCGCCUCCCCGAAGUGUACAGACGUCUGGGCAUGGACUACGAUGAGAAGGUGCUGCCAUCUAUAAUUAAUGAGGUCUUGAAGUCGGUGGUUGCGCAAUUCAACGCGUCCCAGCUCAUCACCCAAAGAGAGCUUGUCUCGAGGAACGUGCGGGAUCAACUCGUGCAAAGAGCAAAGGACUUUAAUAUUCUUCUCGAUGACGUGUCUUUGACGCACUUGAGUUUCAGCCCGGAGUAUGAGAGGGCUGUGGAAGCCAAGCAGGUUGCGCAGCAGCAGGCCGAGAGGAGUAAAUACGUCGUGCUGAAGGCCUUGGAGGAAAAAAAGAGCACUAUCAUUAGAGCACAGGGAGAAGCCGAGGCGGCCAAACUUAUUGGAAAUGCCGUCAAGUCGAACCCUGCAUUCCUGGAGCUGAGGAGGAUCGACACUGCUCGCGAUGUUGCGCAGACCAUUGCGAAAUCGGCAAACAAAGUUCUUUUGUCUUCAGAGUCUCUUCUCCUGAACCUUGCAGUGGGCAAGAACUUUUCCACCGAGUAUUUGGGUGCCGCUAAGUAG